AUGGACGCCUCCUCCCUCCGCAUCUCCAAGUUCGAUGGAACUAACUUCCACGCCUGGAAGUUCAAGAUGCAGAUGGUGCUGGAGGAACGGGACCUAUGGGAGGUCGUCAGCGGUGAGAUCAAGGCGGAACAGUGCGAGACUCAGUUGGACCAAGCGACGUACAAGAGGAAGUCAAGAAAGGCGAUGGCAGUGAUCUGUCUAGCCAUGGAAGAUUCCCAGCUACCGUUGGUCCGGUCGGCAAGUGGUGCAUGCGACGCGUGGUCAAGGUUGGAAGACCACUUCGAGAAGAAGAGUCUUGCCAACAAGCUGUUCUUGCGCCGUCGCUUCUUCACGACAAUGAUGGAAGAAGGCGACGAUGUGCUCGAACACAUCAACAAGCUCAAGACGCUGGCGGAACAGCUAGAAGCGGUGGGGGCUCCAGUCUGCGAGGACGAUCUGGUGAUCACACUCCUCGGCAGCCUGAGUGACUCGUAUCAAUUCUUGAUCACAGCUUUGGAGUCGCGCUCAGACACUCUUAGCUGGGAGCUCGUGACGUCUCGACUGCUUCAUGAAGAAAUGAAGCGGAAGGAGCAAGGAAGUAAAGGUGAUGAAGCUUCGCAAGGUCAAGCGUUCAUCACAAGGGACAAUCAGCGCAAAGGGCGACCAGUGAAGAAGUCCUGGCCGUGCCACAAUUGCGGAAAGAUUGGUCACUGGAUGGCGGAGUGCCCCUCGCGCUGUUGA